UAGGUCGUUCAGUUCGUGUUAUCCCGGGAGUAUUUAACCUCGGAUGGGAUCCACUUCGUACACACACCUAUUAAAUUUCGAACCUUAACAGGUAGAAGGUUCGUGUCUAACAAACACCAAGCAGCUGAACGAAAACGAAUUAUUCGAAAUGACCGACGUUCUCAUCGAAUACAACCGUCAGAGUUCUUGUCAGUACCAUGGACACGCUGAGAAAGACAGAGUUGGCCGAACAAUUCUUGCAACUUUCAUUGCAGCCCUCGGUCCUCUCAGCUUCGGUUUUUGUAUGGGAUACUCAUCGCCUGCACUGGAGGAUUUACAAAACGCCGAUAAACCGAAUGAUGUCCGAUUAUCCAGCGAACAGGGAUCUUGGUUUUCAGUAAGUUUUCGAUUGUUUUUUCUACUCUUCAACAGAAAUGCACAUAUUGAGAUAACUGGAUACAGCUACAAUGAUCAGCAAUAAUGGUUAACAGCGCCUAUGGGAGCAAAUAGUAGAUGUUUCGUUUGCAUCGUUAAGUGUAAAUUUCCAGUGGAUUGCUUUUUGUCACGCACGUGCCAGAAUCUUUCAGUCACUUUUCGUGUUACGAGGACCUUUGUCUUUAGUUCUCCUUUUUAGCUUUUUCCAAAACUUAGUAAAACUCAAAUAGCAGGCUAAGGUUAUUUUGUUCGCCUCAUUCUCAAGCUACUUGGCUUGAUUGCUAAAUUCAACUACCUUACCUUUCUUGAUCGCUUUUAACAUUGUGCGCUGCAAUAUUAUGUAACAGCUUUUGUGGUUGUGUUGAAGCAUACACGGAUGAAAAAGGCAAAAAUAGCAUCCCGUAAACAUUUUUUCAAAAUUAAUAUUUCUCGUUUCAUUUAAAUGCUUGAAAAGCUAGAACGUAAGCUAUUUACAAUGAUCCUAAAACAAUUAACCUAUUGGUUUGACUUUCAAAACAGAGAAAUUGAAUAUUUACAUAAGAUUACUUCUCAGUCUAUUUCUAGAACAAUCAUUUUUCUAUAGUUCCCCAGUGUUUGCGUAUCCCAUUAUUGAUUGGUAGUAGAUAAGUUUACGGCAAAGGUCCAUUUUCAAUAGCUGUACAUCUUGGGUCAUUUUCUAACGUAAGUUGUUUAUGCCGGCAUAUACUUCUAAGACUAUUAACAUCUUUGAGCCAGCAGUAAUAGCCCAAGCUUAUACAAAUCAUUUAACGAGAACCGAUACGCACCAGCAAACUCCUUAUCGCUGAGUGUACAUCAGUGUAAACCGUAAAAUUUCUUCGCGGCACGUGCGUGGAUCCAUUGGAGCUCGUCUAACUGGGUUUUACCGCAGGAACCCAAAUUUCUAAACAGGGAUGACGCAUCACUCACUUUUUAUUGUCAUCAUUUUGCCUUGAACCUAGCAUAACCGUCGAAAUUUUUGUAGGUCGCUUAGUUUAAGAAUUGCUUAUUUAAAAAGAUUUCUCGAAUAAAUGUAUUCAUUUAACUUUUGCUGGUUUUCACUGUCACGCCACCAUAAAAAUCUCGUAGAGGCACAAAUAUCGCGGCUCGAAAGCUAAAAAUAAUGCAUAUGAGUACUUAUCGUCAUAUGAGAACUAUUCAGAUUGCGAAAUCUUAACGGAUUGGUCAUCUCUUUAACCCACGCGACAGCACUUUCGGCCGCCAUUUUAUUAUCGUGUCACGCCAAAACUUAGAAGUUCAGCCCAGCUCUAUCACAAGACGAAGAACCCUAUCAAACUAAAAAUUUGGCAAAAGAUAAGUCUUCGGCUGUUCCAAUAGCUAACUAAUCUAAAAUAUCAAAAGGGAUAACUAUAAAUAUAAAGUAUACCUCAUCGUUUUCAUCUCAAAGCAGACUCGCACGUGACAAGCACGUGAGGAAAAAUCACAUCCCGUGACAAUCAACUGACUGACCCCGACAAACAUCCCCGAAAUAGGUCACUGCUUAAAUCAGUUGCCCAGUUCCAGGCUUCUAAGAGGUACUGCUAGAAAAUGGAACGGAAUCAACCAAAAAUAAAGAUGACAGUUUGAGGGGAAUGGUCAGUCUUAUUGUUCACCACUUUCCCUCUCUCUAGUUUUCCAGUGAUCUGUCAUUGCUUAUUUAAGUUCAUUGCGCGAAGCUCCUUUGAUUUCAGCGAUAGAGAAAGCAAGCGAAUUUUUUUCGGUUAUUGGCACCGUUUAGCCUUCGAUCUUGUAGAACAAUUUGGGGCGAAACAUGUCUUUGGCUUUCCCGCAUUCUAAUAUACUCUACAGCUAGCAUUAUGUUAGAAUUUGGUUGUUGAUUAUGCAACAAUGAGACGUAAAGAGAAGGGUCUGGAGAAUCUGAAGUCGAAGUGUCUCUCUAAAACGCAAAUUUUAGACUCUAUAACCCUGGUUCAAUCCUCUCAGCGCUGCCUGGAUUUUAAGCUCUUUCCUUUAUUUUAACUUAUAGUCGUUAAUUGCGAUUGGUGCUAUUUUUGGAUGUUCUGUCGGUGGUCCGGCGAUGGACAGGUUUGGUCGGAAGUUUGCCACCAUGUUGUGCGCAAUACCAUUCGUUCUGGGAUGGCUUCUCAUUAGCUACGCUACGGAUAUUGAAAUGCUUUACGCUGGACGGAUCAUAACAGGAAUUGGAUGUGGAGUAAUCUCCUGCACUAGUCCGGUAAGUGUUUUGUUUUGUUUUGUUUUGUUUUUGUUUUUUUUUUUUUUUAUCAUUUGCAACAUUUGUUUGAUUAGGGAUUCUAGCUAAUUUGCUAGCAGUUUUCACAGACCUCGACGUCAUCUCGCUUAACAAAACUGCAAGACUAACUAGAAAUACAUUCACACAAUAUCUAAGAGUCAUCCGAUUAUCGCUCAUUACAUUUCUCUUUCCCUAGGUGUACAUUGCGGAGAUUGCUGCUGCACGCGUGCGUGGUGUAUUAGGCUCCGUUAGAGGACCGGCUUUAACAUUAGGUGCUUUAUUAGCCUUCGUAAUGGGUAUCCUGUUUCACUGGAGAUGGCUAGCUUUUAUAGGCGCAGUUCCACCGGCACUGCUCCUCAUUUUGAUGAUCCCAUUACCAGAUUCCCCUCGCUGGCUGCUGGGAAAGAAUUUCGAAGACGAGGCUUUAGAUUCCUUGUCAUGGUUGCGAGGUCCUGAAGCUGAUGUUCAAGGAGAAUGCUCUACCGUUAAGGCUAAUCUAGGUGAGACAACAGACCAGUUUCUAAUUUCUAAAUAAACUCCUUCAGGGGGCUCUUGUGUCGGCUGAUUUAGUUCCCUCGCAUUGCUUUUCAUUUCGAGCGCUGAGAGGAAAUUUAGUUGAAUUCUUUGUACUUUCCAGAACAGCUCAGAGGAUCAUCUUUGUAAUGUCACUAUCACUGUACUCUAUAAAACGGGUUCAUUUUUCUUCCACAUAAAGUGACUAGGACAAAAAAAAGAGAAACUCUUGAGCUGGCUUAUCCCCGUUGGCUUCUUGUUCUUGUUCUUCUUCGACGGGAAUAUUAGUUGAAAAAAUUUGACGCAGCGGGGGUUGUUGCGUGAUAACAGUCCGGUGAUUUUGCACCACAUGACGUAAAGAGCCAAUAGAAUCGCGCGAAAAUUAAUGGGUGAAUAACACGUAGUAUUUUGGACCCGAAUUUGUUCUGGAAAAAGUGUUGCACAUCUAUGGGAUAGAUGGAAGACGACGAGAAGCUAUCAAAACAUUGAGGAAAACCAUGAUAUGUACCGGUUUUGUUUCAGUUUAGAAUAUCUUUCAUUUCAAUAUCGUGACAAUAUGUUACAACUUUCAUACGGGAAGGGAGAAAACCGUUUCAACCUUCUCCAAAGGUAUACAUUCAACCUAGUUCUCAGAAUAAUGAAAUUUUACAAACCAAAGCAGGCCAUUUUUAAUACCCGUUUUCAUGUCUGGGUUCUUAAAGUUGACCUUGGUUUGCAAAUCCCUCACACUUUGUAACAAAGACAGUGGAACGCACUGGUCAAAUUGGGAUCAGAGCUGAAGUCACAUCUUAUUAAAAUUUCCUAGAAUAUUUAGCUGAAAAAAAUGCCUUCUGGUUUACUUUAAGUUUAAUUUGGUACAUUUCUGGUUUCAUUUGUGGUUGCCGAUCACUGGCCUAAAGCUUCUCUCGAGUUCUGUCAACUUCCCGUGUUGCUUCACCACGUUGUAACACCCUGGAAAAUGUGUUCAAUACCUUAAUUGCAAUUGAAAAGCCAAAUUUCACACACUCUUUCCCGUAUUCUUUAAAAAAAACUUUACCAAUUUACGACUAUCAUGCUCUUAAUGUAAGCCUGUUUUCGGUCAUAUUCCUAUGUACCCAAUGUAGAGUAGUACCAACCUUAUGAGGGCGUACUUGCCCUAGAGAUAAAGUACCCAGCAUGGUCCUGUAGAGGGCUUCUUAACAAGGUGAUCUAGUUACACUGUAUGGUGAUCAUAGAUAUUUUUUUUUAACAGAUCGUCACGAGAAGCUUAAUUUGGCAGAUUUGAAGACAUUAGCAAUGGUCAAGCCGUUAAUUAUCAGUGUUGGCCUGGUGAUGUUACAACAAUUAUCUGGAUUCAAUUCAGUGCUCUUUAAUGCUGCAGCUAUUUUCAAAAUAGCGGGAUUCUCAGACGAAAAGCUCGUCUCCUUUAUUAUUGUCUUCGCCCAGCUUAUUGGUAAAACUGCAGCAUGUUUUCUCGUCGACAGGGUUGGCCGUCGAGUUCUCCUCCUGACUGCUUCUUUUGGAAUGACCAUGUCACUUUUGGCACUGGGGACGUACUUUCAGGUCUACAUUCCUCCGAAUGAUCAUACCAUGGGUAAUGAUACAGCUCCCCAAAUACAAGGUUUUAUCAGCCACUCUGUACCUGCCGAUAAGAUCUCCUGGCUCUCAAUCCUUAGUGUUGUUGUGCUCGGACUGACAUUCUCCUUUGCGUGGGGACCGAUGCCGUGGCUCGUAAUCUCUGAAAUAUUUCCCCUUCGGGUCCGUGGCCUCGCAUGCAGUUUUGCUUCCAUAGUAUUUUGGGCAACACUGUUUACAGUCACAAAGACAUAUCGUUACUUAACUGAGGCACUUUCUAUCCAAGGUGUUUAUUGGUUGUAUGCUGGCUUUUGCUUCAUCGGCUUCGUUUUUGUUUACUUAAUUUUGCCCGAGACUAAGGGUAAAACUCUAGAGGAGAUUGAGGCUAUUUUUGAGCAGGAAAAAAACCAAUACGAACGGAUUCUCUGA